AUGAGGAGAAUUAUACCUACUGUUAAGUUUGUGUGCUAUUGGAAACUUGAAGUUGAUCAAGAUGGACACUUUGUAAAGAUCCGGAAUCAUGCCACUAAGGAAGAUGAGAACAUUGGGGGUUAUCUCUUGAAGCAAGACAUCAAAGGUCAACCAGUAGCUGUAUUUAGGUUUCCCUCUGAGACCAGGAUGGAGCCCAACUCCACCGUGACGGCUGUUGCUUGGUACACUUCUCUCUACUGGACCACCAGGCAAGAAUUGAUGGCGACAGGGGAAAGUGAAGAACCUGAGAACAUUAUUAUACCAACUUUCUCUACAACAAGAGAGCAAUGUGAAAAGGAACAGGAAUCUACAAUAACUGAUACAGAGUGGAACAUGGCUGGCCCAUGGCAAACAAGUAAAAAAAGACCAAGCUUCAUCAAAAGGGAAAAAAAGACCUUUGCAUCCCUUUUCCUUAAUCAGAGCGCCUGGUGCCAAAGCCCAAACACUCCUACACACCCUCACUUUUCCCUGAGUAGACCAUUAACCAUGGGGAAUGAUGGCAGCAGCUUGUGUAGGCAGUCCCGGUGUCAGUCUUCAAGGCCUGACCCUGUGCCAGGCACUCUGUAUGCAGGAACUAGCAAGAAGAAAAAUCCUUCAGUCCCCAGCUGCGUGAGAAAGGCAAAAGUCAGCCUCCUCAGCAGUGGUGAGUAGAGUUGCUACAAUACAGUUUUCAAAGUAAACAAACACAAAAAAUCUCAACAAAGAACGGUAGAGCUUAGGAAAAUCCACAUUUUGAAAUGCAAGGAUUUCUCUGUUUUGUUGGAAAUUCUUUUAGUCUUCUCUCUGUGAGAAAGGCCUAUGCCAGACCACAAAUACAAAGCAUCUGGAUUCAGGAACUGCAACUUGCUCACAGCAACAUGCAUCUAAGUCUAGAGAACUUUAUGUGUACAUCUUAGGUUUGCUUUGAGUUGGAAUCUAUUUGCACUGUUCCUUCUAGGGAAAAGAAGGUUUAAGUGCACACCCAUGUAUAUAUAUGUAUUUUAUCUAUUUGAAGACUGUUGUUUGCACUGCCUCACCUAAAGACCUAGAAUCUAGGAUCAGUAAUGAAGCCCUCACAUGUAAAUAUGUAGACCCUCAGACUUAAGUUG